AUGCACCUUUAUUACAAUGGCUAUUUUAUCUAUGCGAAAUUAAUUCAAACUUUAACAAUAUUACCUAAUGGCUCAAAAUCUUUAUCUUCUAACAUGAACGAUAAUUUACAAAAUAAAAUCAAAGACAAAACUGCAAAUCUGGGUUUUAUUCACGCUUUUAUUGCGUCAAUUUCUGUCAUUGUGGUUUCUGAAUUAGGAGAUAAAACAUUUUUCAUUGCUGCCAUUUUAGCAAUGCGCCAUUCACGUUUAGUUGUAUACGCAGGUGCAAUGGGUGCGCUUGGUGCCAUGACAGUAUUAUCAGCAUUAUUAGGAAAUAUUGUUACUAAUUUUGUUCCACGAAUUUAUACAUUUUAUUUAUCAAUGAUACUUUUUGCAGGUUUCGGCAUUAAAAUGUUGAAAGACGGUUAUGGAAUGUCACCCGAUGAAGGUACUGAAGAGUACGAAGAGGUUCAACAAGAAGUCGAUAAAGCCGAAGCUACAAGUGAUCUUGAAUCAGGUGAUGGCAAUGGAACAAUUGAUAGUUUGCCAAAAGUCACUCAACAAGUAUUAACAUCAAAAAGUAUUGUGACAAAAAUUACAACAAUUAUUCGUCGUUAUUUAUCACCCAUAUUAAUUCAAUCAUUUAUUAUGACAUUUCUUGCUGAAUGGGGUGAUCGAUCUCAAAUAACUACAAUUGUUUUAGCUGCUAGUGAAAAUCUUCUAGGUGUUAUUGUUGGUGGUACUGUAGGUCAUGGUUUAUGCACAGGAUUAGCAGUAAUCGGCGGUCGUUUUAUCGCACAAAAAAUAUCAGCAAAGACCGUUACACUAGUUGGUGGUGUUGUAUUUUUAGCUUUUGCGGUGUCUGCAUUUUAUGUUGGUCCAAGUAAAUAA